CAGAUCUUGUACGUCCUACUUCCCUUUCCUUAGAAAGUGUUUUCCUGGACAGUCAUCUCUCUACCGUUUCCACAUACAGCGAUACAAUUUGACAACACUGUCAAAGAUAGAUUAAUCCAACCUAACCUAAUUUUUGUUUGGGUCUUCGAUCGACUGUAAAAAAAUUCAUGUUGCUGUUAGACGAUUCAAACGGUCUAACCUCGAAGAAUCUCGCCGUAAGAUGUGCUAGAUUCCCGUGCUUCGGUUCAGUGAAUGUUCUCCGUACUUUUCCUGGGGUUAUGUAGUUAGCUGGCAUACCCAUAUAUCCAUACUAUGGCUAUGAGCAGUUGGAUCAACAUCAGAUCUGGAAGGAUAUACAGGUCCACUAAGCAAAGUAAACAGGAAGAUGUGUUGGCGUCACUUAGUGAUCUGGAACCCCAUGAAUGCUGUAAACGGUUGUUGGCAAAAGUAUGCCAAAAAGAUGUGGAGGAAAGGUCACUCUACAAUUACUUGAAUGCCUUUGCCAAGUUUUACUUGAAGUAUGAAAAUGACUGGGAGAAGGUUGGAUGGAAGACUGAAGAAUUACUGUAUUGCCUAAGGAUACCAUUGGUCCAUGAGUCUUCCCAGAUCAGAACAGUAGGACUGAGAUGCAUUCGAUUGUUGCUCAAGACAGAGAACGAUGUCGCCCACAUCAACAAGCUUCUGAUACCGUUCUUGAUAGUAAGGUCGGUUGAUUUGAUCUUGGGAAACGACGUAGAACGUAUUGAAGCAAUGCGUCUGAUGAGAAAUAUCCUGAUAAUAGCUCCAGCCAAAUUUGACAUAGCCAUGGCGAGAUGCAUGGUCUCGUUGGCUUUUGAUGGAGCCGAGGCCAAGGACAGGAUGCUUAGGGUUUGCCUUGCUACACUUUCGGACUUAGGUGUACUGAACCCAAAACUGCUCAUCAUAAGCGGCGGUGUGACAGCUAUAUCCCGCAAUCUGCUGGAAUGUCAGACCCCAAAGAUAGCCGAAUCGCUGUGCGGAGUUCUGUUGCUGUUGCUGGACAAACCGCAGACGAGGCACUAUGCAGCUGUUGACUUGCAUUGUGCUGCCGCGCCGUUCUGCGAUUUCCACUACAAGCACGGCACCAAGGACAAGAAUAAAAGAGAUGAGCGUGAAUUGAGAUUGAACUGCGGAAGACUAGCAUUGCUUACAAUCUUGAGGAGUUGGUCGGGCAUCUUACAUUUCUGUAGUCCAAACGACAGGAGCGGAUUCAAAGCUAUCGUUGACGUUCUGUACUUAAAACAGCUUGAAGUCCGGAAAUCAGUUCUGGACCUUUUGUAUGAUUUACUGGGAUUACCUCAACCUGAAUGGUCUGAUGAAUUGUCAGUAGCUCUAAGUGCUGCAGAUCCGUGUGAACCUCAGGCGUCUUGGAGAUUGAAUGAGGGAUUCGUUGUAGCUGAAGGAAGGUCUGUCUUACCGCAUUUGGCUGCUGCGACGCCAACGACUGCUGACAUGCAUUUGGCACUGCUACUGUACUGCUUCCUGGAGAACGGCCUUUUAGCCGCUCUUGCGGAGGUCAUCGCCACUAGUGACACCUUCAUCUGCGUCAGAGCAUCCGUUUUAUUAGGUGAAAUUUUAAGGCUGAUACAGAUUCUUCUACCACCCGGUUGUUGUAAUAUAUCUCCUUCGCUACCAACCCUACUGGACUAUGCAAGCAAAAGUAAACCACAAGCAAUAGCAGCUAUUACGGCAUUGGAGCAGCUACAUAUGUUGAUGAAAAGAAGGCCGGCUUCAUAUAGUCUGCACCUGGACUAUAUAAUCAGAAACAGCUACCAUAAAAGAAUGGAACAUAAGCAAGAGAAGAAUGUGAGGCAUAAAAGUGCGUUGAAGAGCAAAAUUCAACAGUUGGUGUUGAAAGACGGGGAGGAUCCAGUGAAAGAAACAGGAGUUUUAGCAAGCAAUGACGCAUUUACUUGGGACUGGAAUUUGAUUAAUUUACUUCUGAAGGCUGAAAAUAAUUCUAAAAUAGAUUUUACAGACUCUUCUCAUCGUACAUUUGUUAAGAAACUGAUAGAAUUUUAUAUGCCAUCUAAGAAUAAAUAUUCCCAUAUGGACCUGGGUACCUCAAAAUCUAGUAUUAUCUACACGACUGCAGGUAUAGAACUAAUCAAAUUUCUGGUAGAAUUAAAAGACACAGACUACAGUGGUCUGAGACCGCGCUUGAUGGGUGCAAUGCUGGCCAUGGACCUUUUCCAGGAUAUCUUAAACAAUAUUGAGGCUGUGAUGACCAGCAGGAGUGUACAUGAUUGUUUGUUCAGCCCCCAGCACAUGGUCAGCACGCAGUGCCAAAGCUAUUUCUUGUUCAUUGGACAAUUUGCGAGGAAUGUUAGGGGAUUGAAGAUGCUGGAGGGGAUCAAUAUGUUCCAAAAAUUAAAACAACUAGCAACGACUACAAAUCACGACUGUUACGUGAAGCUGAUAAUUUCCUCGAUGGAGUACAUCUUUCCUGGACCCUGUAGAGAUAUCUUAGAGGCAGUUUUAACAUGUAACUCUGACAGUUCGAGAUUGUAUGCCACACAGUUCCUACACGUACUAUUAAGAGCUAGAAAUCCACUGUUUUCAACUUGGGCGAUUCAGUUGCUUGUUAAUCAGUUGAGCGAUAAGUCGAGGUCGGUGGUUUUAUCGGCGUUAUCUACUCUACAUGAAGCCUGUGAGUUGCCAGACUGUUUAGAAGCUUUGAUAAACAUAAACCCCGACUUGGAGAAGUUAGGUGAAAAAGGAAGUAUGCUUUUUGUUAGAUUUCUGUCUACUGAAAGCGGUUACAACAAAAUUAUUCAUGAUUCGAGUAAGGACAAAAUAAUCUCCGAACUGAAACGUUGGGACGAGCACCUGAUCUACCGAUACGUAAAAGUGGUGGAAACUGACCUGUCUGACGCACUUACCCUUCAUCAACGUAACGAAGAGGGUAGAUACGAUAAGAGGGUGAGUAAUCUGCGGAGUUCCAGCAAAAGGGACGUUUUUCUACCGCCACACAUCUACGGACAGCUGAAUCAACAUAUUGAAGGAUAUGAAUUGUUGAUAUGCUGCGGGAGAACGGAGAAAAUGAUCGAGGUUAUCAAAAGUGCCAAAUGUACAACUGACGAACAGAUCCUCCAUUUGAAGGCCUGCAUCUGGGCAGUAUCUCACUUGGGAACCUCGAAUAGGGGCUUUGAAUACCUCACCUCCUACGGGAUCGUUGAUAACAUAAUCCUGCUGGCCAAAAAAUGUCCUGUGUACUCCAUCAGAGCUACGGCGUUUUACGCCCUGGGGCUGCUAGGUACUACGCCUAUUGGGGCGGACGAGCUUAGUAGAAAAGGAUGGUUGUGUACCAGACAUGACAGGCACGACUAUUGGCCGAUAAUAAAAGAGGAAAUCCAAGAUUCAUUCUAUACAAAUUCUAGCGUUUCAACAUCUGAAGACGUCAUUUCUCUGGACAAUCCUUUUGUAGGAGAGUUCGAGAAUUUAGAAGAUGAUGAUGACGAUGAUGUGGAUCCAGAAGAAAGUCAGGAUGCUGUUAGUUCUCCUAUUUAUUCACCAGAAUCCCGUAAGCUGCGUCAAUCAACACUACCUCCCAAUAGGAGACCGCCUGCCCACAAACGGUCCCUUUCAGAAUCUAAAACCUUUGACACCAGCAAUGGCUAUGAUGACGAUAAUAGACUGAUAAUAAUGGGUAGGCAUCGAAAUAGUUCGAUGACAGAAUCUACUACGUCGGGAGUAAGUUCGUGUGACUCAUUGGCCAACAAACAUGGAACGUGUGUGAACUACUCCAAAACGUUGAGUCCUAUACCAAGUUCCUCUAGUUUAAGUACACUACAACUACCACCUACACAGAUACGCAGAGUCUCACAUAGAAUAUCUUCGAAUAGUACCACAAAUUCAGACAUUUCAUCUUCAUCGCAAACUGGUAGUGCCUCAAAUGAGCUCAGCAUGCAAAAUAUGGUUGGUUACAAUACUUUGAAAUGGCUAAGGUGGAGAGAAGCCUUCAAUCUGGAUAAGCCCAACUAUGAAGAGGAUUACCUGUUCAAAACUACCCUUCACUUAGCGCCUACGACUCCAACGUUAAUAGAUGACUUUCAAAUAGUAGACACCAGUGUGAGUACGGCUUUUGGUGUGGCGAAAUUUGAUGUGGAGUCCACUACUCCAGCCAGAUGUGAUCGUAGAUAUAUGGGAAUCUGUUUACCUAAGGUCCUUUUGGAUUUGUUUCCACCUCAAGAAGAGAUUCUUAGGGAACCGAAGGUAUUUCCAGAGAGUUUGUCAACUUCAGAAUGUGAAGGUAUUGAUCCCGAAGGGGAAUCGAUAAAGUCGAAAAGCUGGAGACAUUGGAAGAGGUACUGCUUCUAUUGUAGCAGGCUGGAUGGCGAAGGGGACGGUAAUAAAGACGAGAGGAUUACAGAUGAAUCAAAAUUGGAGGUAUUGAAGAACGUGGAAAGGAUAGCGAAUCCAAUUUCAAAUAAAUACGUGAGGGCGCAUCUCAUACGCUUCAAACAAAAAGAACCGGACACUUUCAGGGAUAUCUGCAUAUAUUCUGAAGUAUGCAAGAUAAUGUCCGAAGGUGUUUACAGACUUCCUACGCGUCGAGUUCUGCACGAACUGUUCCUUGACGUUUGCUUCGAUGAACUUUACGAUAUUCCCGUCAGGUUAUUGGGAACAACUAUGGAAAUCAAAGAGGAACCUCCUGCCACCCCCGAAUCUGAUAGGCAACGGAACAGUAUUUCCAGCGACAUCUCCAGUCCUACUGAGUCACUCAAAACACUAGACUCGCUCAAUCUCACUUUUAAGGAGAACAAGUUUCCUAUCAAACAUUGAAGUGUGCAUGAGUCGCUUGUAAUUUAUUAUAAUCCUGUUUGUACAUCGUUUUUUUUUACCGGAUGACUGACAUAAUACAUGAAAAACGGCAACGUUUUAAACAAUAUACAAGAAGUGAAGAAUUGAGAAAAAUGAUGUACAGCUUGAAAUAUUCAGGUGGUGUAUCAAAUGUAACUAUGAAGAUGUUUAUGGUUGUUUUGGAAGUAAUGUGUCCUAGUAUUGUAGCCCCAUUUAGGCGAAUUAUGUCUUUAGGAGAGGCUUCCAUAUUGCAUUUUUUUGUUCCUCAAUGGAUAUAUUAGGUAUAAGCAUAUGGGGAAAAUCUUUUUCCAUGGGGCCCAGCUUCCUUACUUCAAACACCAUUAUAGACAAGAAAGUCUUAUUCUGACAUCAAGGCUUUAUGGUUUGUUCAUACAGUGGUCAGUAACUAAUGAGCCUUUUUUAGUUAGUGAGCCAUCUAUCAUUUCUGAGCCUCUAUCUACUGCUCUAUGUUCCUCCUCCAGGUGAUUCUGCAAAACUAGAAUAUAGAAUUAUAGAACGGAUCGUGCUUCUGUUAUGGAGGAACGGAAUUCUUCAUCGCUUCCUUACUAGCAAAGUGUUCCCCUGGUCACUUUUUUGAUAAAUAAUAAGAGAAAAAGUGUGGAAGUCUCUGCUGCCGGUUAGUCUUAUGUCUAAAGUUUUGUGCAGAUUGAAGUGCUUCAAGUAGAAGAGCUAGAAUAUAAUCAUCCAAUCAAGCUGAUCGUCUCCCUUUGUAGUCUAAGAUCCUCUUGAAUCUGUAGGUAUCUUUGGAAUUCUAGUUCAACCACUAUUACCUGUAAUUAAAUACAGGGUGAGCUUUUAGUGUGGGCUUGGCCGAUAACUCUAAUAUCGCGCAUAGUAUGUAAAAAAGUUAAUUACAAAAAUUGUAGCCAACAGUAUGAACCUUAAUUGGAAAGUAUUUAUAUCUCGACAGGGUGAUUCAUAACUACAUGGUAACUCAAAUGUAAAUUUUUUUAAUGAACUGCCCCGCAUUUUAUUGUAGAUUUGGAUAGGCACUUUAUUUUCAGACUGUUGAGAUAUUGGACAAUCGUUUGGCGAAAGAAAAACACUUUGACAACAUGCACCUCCUCAACUUUUAUAGCUAGAGUAUUGAAUUGUUUGUUAAAAAAAAUGUAUAUAUUUAUACACGUACUUUUUCAGUUUUUUAUAGUUUAUACAGGGUAGUCAAGAACGAAGAAUGAACGAUUUGUCAAAAUGUUCAAAUGGAACACCUUGUAUAUUUUAACACUUUUUGAUUUUUAUUUUCAUAAGCUUUUUUCUGAUAUAAUACUUGUGGGAAUUUGUAUGACGGUUUUUUGAAUUGCUAAAAACCGCCGUUUUAGUUUGAAAGGUACCUAUUGUAAUAUUGUUCAUUCGCCCCUGAUAUCUGAUUUACAAACAGGUUAGCUGUAACUCAAAAACCGGUAGUACCCUAACAGCCUUAUAUAAAAAAAGUUUGUGGAAAGGGGAAUCAAGGAAGUUGUACAGGGUGUUGCAUUUAAAAUUGUUGAGAAAUCGUUCACUUUGCGUUCUUGACCACCGUAUACAAACUGUUAAAAAACUGAAGAACUGAAGAACAAAAUAUGGCAUCAUAAUUUGUUUUAGCGACACAUUCACUACUGUAGCUAUAACAGUUAUAUAUAUUUAUAUAUAUAUAUAUAUAUAUAUAUUAUAAAUGUCAUUGUUUUAAUCGAUAGAUUGUCAAAUAUCUCAACAAUUUGGAAAUGGAACUCUUUAGCCUUUGUUUAAAAUAAUGUAUCGAAAUCGGCAAUAAAAUAUAAUGUUUUCCAUUAAAAAAUGUAUGUUUUGGUCACCGCAUAGUUAUGAAUCGCCCUGAAGAGUUAUAAAUAUUUUUCAAAAGUCAUUUACAAUUUUUGUAAUCUCUUCUACUAUCAUUUAUCAUUCAUAAAAAUUUACUUUUAUCAAAAAAACCGAUACCUUCAGAUUCAAGUGGCUAGAUCUCGUACUAUAAAGAGGUGGGAGCUACUUUGUGAGCCACAGCAGACCAUUGAGUUGCAGUGGAAGAUCGUGGUUGAUCCACUCUCACCACUGUUGAUAAAUUACUAAAAUAAUCGAAUAAUCGGUUGUCUCGUCAGAAUGAUAAUAAAUGGGACGAUUUUUUUCUCAACACAAGCAUAUACAUCAACAUGCUGCGCUUAUAAAUGGCGUCAUUUAUAAAGCAACUACAAGUAUUUCGAAUGUAAAACGGGUGCUGGCCGGUAAUCGUUUAGAGUCUCGUGUACCAAUCAAUUCAGAUCAUCAUUUGUCAACAGGUACAACUUUUGUGACCAAUAAACAGAAAGAACGAAAUAUAGCAACGUUGCAUUGCCACUAAGACAUAUAAAAUGAGCCCAUUUCCAAAGAAAAGUCUAGCAGAGAAACCUUUCAGGCGGGUUUCACAUAGUAUUAAAAAAUUUAAUUUCAACCUGACAUUUCUCUUUUCUCAUGCGUAGACCCCUAAAAGCUAAUCAACUGACAACUUACACGUUUUACGAAUCUACGAAUUCUGUUUACGUGAUGUGAUAAAUGAAAUUUUUCGCGUGAGAUUUUUUUCAAUGUUUUGGAUAGAAGUUGUCGUAGAACCUGUAAAUUUUCAUCUAGCGUCAGAUUACACGAUUUAGUUCAGUAUCAGUAUUGUCUUUUUCGUAAGUAUCCAUCACCGUAGAAUUAAUAAUAUGUAUUUAAAAAUUCCCCAUAUCAGCAAAUGACAUAAGCCUGACGGAUCUGUCAACGCCAAGUAGACAGAGCCGUAUUUUGUUUUGGUUUUUUGUUCGCUACAGAUUCAUUUUGUACUUGCUAAUAAUUCUUUUAUUUAGAUAAGUUAACUUGGAUCCAAAGAAAAACGCUACCCGCAGGUUUUACUAGAUUUACACCCGAUUCAUUGUUGCCAACAUUACAGCCUUAUGAAAAAAUGUCACUUGCUGAUCAGCUGUUUAUCUCAGUAGACGUCAAAACGUGAAAUAGGCUUUAGAGAAUUGUUGGUUUGAAAUCCCUAACCUCAACCACGCCCCAAUGUCCAAAUCUCUUAAGCGCUGAUCUAACAGAGUGAAAAACGACAACGUGACACUUUCGAUCCAUCUGUCGUGACUCUUAUUGUCUUGCGUGGACCUUGAAAGAUGAACCGGUCGAGGAUGGUGAACGGUUCGCGCGAUCACGAUUCACUUGAUUUCGUGACGCCGACCAAGAAGAGAGCUUCUAGUUGGAAGUUUGCGAUUUUCGUUCAGAUGUUAAUGGUAUUUUAGUGAACAGGUAGAGAGAGUCACGUAGACAGAUCGUUGAAAUGGCGUUGUUGUAUCAGAAAAUGGAUACUUGCAAGAAUAAAUUUGGAGGAACACAAUUUGGCAGACACUGACAUAAGAAAUGAACACCCAGAAAAGCAUAAAAAUAUGAUUUAUUUAUUUGAAAAUGAUAUUAAUAACAAGAUAUGGUCUUUAUUCAUCAUUCAAGGUAACUUAAAAGGUACAAUCAGUGCAAUGACAAAAUGAUUAAAUGCAUAGUUCAGCCUAAGCUGCUUUCCAACUAAAGCCUUAACAAUGACACUCACAAAAAAAUAAUAUACAAUACAAUAUUACACUCAGUUUGAUUUCCUCCUGGAACGUGUUUCACCGCACAUUUCCAAGUGGCAUACCAACAUCAUGAUUUGUCUCGUUCUCCUCGACUGGACUGGUCAACGCCUGAAAAUCAAACAUAUUUGAUACCGCACGUGGGAGGUCGUGGACUGUCCUCUGUGCCGAUGACGUCAGAGGCAAAUUCGCGAUACCUCAUUUAGAUGAGGCAAUUCUGCGAAUGUCAGGUUCCGUCAGAAUGUAGCGGUGGCCGCAGUAGUAGACUCUUCGGUCUCCUGAUCAGUCGCCGUGCGCUGUGCGGGUUCGAUUCCCGACCCAGGAGGAAUUUUUGCUCUUGGCUAUGGAUGUUGUGAUUGUCCGUAGGUGGUAGACGGUCUCUGACUGUCGAACGCGGAGGUACUACCCGCCGGAUCUCGUAGGCGGAGCCAGAAUGUGUGCAUGUUGCAUGCACAAGUGUUCCCUCGCCAGAGUCCGUGUGGCGUUCCCCCUUUCCCCUGUAUCCCCCAUAGCCCCACGGUACCCAAUGGGGCCUUGGGCUUUCGUGGUAGUCGGAGUGUAUAAAAAAAGCUUUAAACUGCUUUGACCCUUCUUAGAAACCAGGCAUUGUUUAACGACGGACAGCCUAACGAAAACCAAAUGAAAAAUAAUAAAUAAACAAUUAGUUAGCACCUUAUGACAAAAGAUGUCUGUUCAGUGGUGCACGAGUCCCACAACUAGCCUUGUGAGGCGUUUGACUUAGUUUGUAAGCAUGUAUAUAGGAAUUUACGUACUAUCUUUCCUCUUAGUUGGCUGAUUUUUUUAUUUAUAUUUAUGUAUAUUUAAAGCAAACUCGUAACCAAAAAUUAAUUUAUUAUCAAGCGUGUGUAUAUAUAUUGUAUAACACAGGGUGUUAGGAAUCAGAUUUAAGUUUAAAAGUGCAGUCGAACGUCUUCCAUAUUGACACGUGGUCUGUAUCCGAAAAACAUAUUGCCUUCAUAAACAGGGUGAGUCAGAUUUAUAGAUCGAUUUCUACAUAUGCCUACACGAUGGUAUACAGGUUUAUGCAGCAUAUAAAAUGGAAGUCUCAAAACAGAGAGAACAAGGUGGUUGAAAUAACGAAAGGUUGAGCAUGUUUCAAGUAUAUCACAAUAAAUUUUGAUUGAUGAAGUAUCUCCAAUACUGUCAGUCACUUAUUACAUCCGAUUAUAAACUCCAGUUUAAGGAUUUUUAUUUGUAUGUUUUCAAGACGCCGUUAUGAUAUUUAAUUUAAAGAUGUCACUAGAAAUGUGCAGUCGCUAGUUGAAUUUUAUAUAACUGAUACAAAUAGACUAAUUCUGAUUCACCCUGUAUGUACCAUAAUUUUACACUCCUUUCAGUAUAUUCAUCAUGAG